AUGGACCGCGAGAGCAUCAUCACCUCAUCCAUGACAGGCUUCCUGCCCCCGUUGGCGACGCGCACCCAGGCCUCUCCUCCGGCCUACCUCCCGCCUCCCUUGGCCAUCAACCCACACGCCGACUGGCGGGGGCUCCCCGAAGACGCCCUCGCCGAGGUCCUCUUCCGCCUCCCCGUCCUCGACCUGUUCCGACUCGGCUACCUCUUCACCCCGAAUUGGCUCGACAUCUGGCGCGCCAAGCCGCUGAUGCUCCACGACCGCCAGUUCUCCACUCCCCCGAUCGCCGCCGACGACGUCGCCGACGCCAUCACCAACGUCCUCGAGCUCCACGUAGGCGACGGCGUCCAACUCGUGGGCGGCGUAGAAGGCGGAGACGAGGUCCACGGAUGGGGUGGAGGCCACGAGCUUGAUGGCGGCACGGACGGCGAGGACGACCACCCGGGUGUCGUCGUCAAUGCGGGGGGAGGCGGCGUUAAUGGUGGCCAUUAUCAUCAUGACGGGGGCCUCGAUGACGAUGUAGACGACGAGGCAGGAGAAGUGGUAGACGCCGAGGCAGGAGACGUGGUCGGCGAUGCAGGAGCAGGACCGGGUCCGGGAGCUGCCGUUGAUGGAGCCGCCGUUGAUGGAGCCGCGGCCGCCGCCGCCGCGGGAGCAGUUGGUGGAGGCCAAGGUGAAGGAGUCGUCGUCGUCGCCCCGGGAGUAGGCGUCGAUGAAGGCGUCAUCAGCGACAGCGACGAGGACUUGUACGGCUACGACGACAUCCCAGUCCCAGCAGCCGGUUACGAGAUCGGCCGCGUCUACACUUUCCGGGUAGAGAGCACACGAUGGCGCCCCGACCACCUCGACCGCUGGUUCGCCGCGCUCGAGCGCGGCCGUGCUCGUGAGGUCAUCCUCGCCAACCUCUUCACACCAGGGCGCCCCCACCUUCCUCCAGGCAUCCGCGACUGCACCAGCCUCCUCGGACUCUACGUCUUCUUCUUCACCGUGGAAGCCAACCACAUCGACCCCCUCGCCGUCGCCAGGCUCCGCGUGCUCGGGCUAUACGGCUGCGCCGCCGCCCCCGGCUUGAUCCGGAGAGCCCUCCUCCCCAGAUCAGAAAUCCAGGCGCUGAUUAUCAGGGACAGCGCCGUGCUGCAAGACGGCGACGAAGGUCGCCUGGCCGUUGCCGCCACACGCCUCCGUCGACUGACGAUUAGCAACAGCGAGGUCGUCACAGUCACCGUGGACAACGCCAUCCAAUUCCAGGAUCUGGUCGCGGCGGGGCCAUCCAAGCUCACGCUGACCAUCAAUGGCGUGCCAAGCCUGAAAACUCUAAGCAUGGACCUCUUCACCGCCGUCUUGGAGAUCGAUGGCAUAGCGAUCAAGGCUGGGAUGGUGGAGCAGCCCCCGCAGAUGCCUUGUGUCAGGCAUCUCAUCCUACGGGUGAACUACACAGAGAUGGGUGACAUGGUGCCUCGUCAGGUAGAGCAGAUUAUGAGGAGUUUCCCACGCGUACGAACACUGGAAAUCUUGAGAGACGACGAGGUCACAGUAGAAGAAGGGCUCGUCAAAUCGUAUGAUAAACACAUCUAUGAGGGGUCGAAUUUAUUCGAUGGCCUUCAGAGCUUCAAGUAUCACCUGAGGCAGAUCCAUCAUAGACCUUUCAGAGGGGGCAAGUAUGAAGUUGCUCUGAUCAAAGCCAUCCUCGACAAAGUUGGAGCUCUGUCAGUGUUGUCAAUGGAAUACUCACCAGGCAGCUUAACCAGCGACACCCUGAGUCAGCUCCAAGUGACUCUCGACAUUUUCAAGUUGCACACUCCAAAUGAUGCCGUCAGAGGCGACAGUGUGUGCAUUGCUGCAAUUGAGUUUGAACAAGGAGUAGCUUUGAUGCAUUGACUUGACAUGAUGAGUGUUGAGACCUUGACACAGCUCAAUUCCUGACAGCACACAGGUUUAUCCACUGCAGCUACAAGUGCAGAACACAAGAGCCGAAACACCAGGAGAGGCA